ACUGUUAUGUAGUUGUUUGCAGAGAAUUAAAAUCCAAACUGUUUACAAAAUUAUUUAUGUUUUAUUGACAUGACAUUGACAGCUACAAGAGAUUAAUUUAAUUUAAUAAAAUACACUAAGAAUGGGAAAUAGACGAAUGAGUGUUGGGUUCAUGCUUAUUGCAGCAUGUAUCCUAGCCAUAUUUGGCAAUCGUUCUGCAUCAGAAGAUAUACGUGCUUAUCUGAUAAAUCAGCCCGACGAAACUCAAGAAAGUCGAGAUUACGUAUUUGAGCAUGCUGCAGUUGCCGCAAGUCAACUUGAAUGUUCGGUUGUCGGAACAGACAUUAUGCAAGCCGGUGGGAAUGCAGUAGACGCGGCAAUCGCUACGACAAUGUGCGAAGGCGUAGUUGAACCAUACCACACAUCAAUAGGCGGAGGGGCCACGAUGCUGAUUUACAAUUCUACUACAAAGUCAGUAACGAGUAUACUCUCCAAAGAAAAAGCUCCCGCUGAUGCUACUCCAAAUAUGUAUAUUGGGGAUGCAAAUCCUUCGAGAGGAGUGAAAUCUAUAGGUGUGCCAGGACAAUUAAGAGGCCUGGAAUACGCCUACAAUAAAUAUGGGGGGAGGGUAAGUUGGGCUGCUCUUCUCCAGCCCUCCAUCGAUAAAGCAAGAAACGGAUUUAAAGUCAGUGGACAAUUGUCAAUUGCAUUGACAAGUCUAUAUGAGAACGUGAUUGUCCAUGAUACAAAUUCUGUAUUUUGCGAUAUUUACUGUAAUGAGGACAGAACAGGAGUGAAGCAAAAGGGUGAUAUUGUCAUAAAUCUACUAUUAGCUGAUACGCUGAUAAAAAUCCAACAGCAUGGUGUAGAAGGGUUUUACACGGGCGAUAUGGCAGACAUCACAAUCAAUGAGUUUCGGGCACAGGGAGGAAUAAUGACAAAAAAAGACUUAAUGGACUUCGACGUAAUUGAAGAAGCUGCUAUUCCAAUUCAACUCCCAAAUGCCGGAUAUACCAUGCAUACAGCUCCUUUACCGAUGGGUGGUUCAAUAUUGGGAGCAACGCUAUCUAUCAUGGAUCUCUUUGAUAUCAGCCCGCAAGAUUACGACAACAGUGCCGCACUUCAGUGGCACCGUACAAUUGAAGCGUUCAGACACUCUUUUGGGGUCCGUUACGAGAUGGGAGAUCCGGAUAUGUAUCCGGAAUCACAGGACGUAGAAGAUCAAAUUGUAUCGGGUGAAUAUGCAAAAUCGGCAAUAGAAAAAAUUCAUGAUGAUGAAACCUCCCCCGAUCCAGCAUAUUACGGCGCAACUUACCUAACCUAUCCCAAAGAAACAUUUACUACGCACGUAUCAGUCAUUGACCAAAACAAGAUCGGUGUUGCAAUCACAUCAACCAUUUCUUCACUGUGGGGUUCUUAUUUCAUGUCGCCAACAACAGGAAUUGUAUAUAACAACGUAAUGUCAGUUUUUUCAUAUCCAACCGGCGAUCCAGAUCACGAUUCCAAACUGGUUCCAUCCAAUCAAAUUGAAGGUGGGAAACGAGCCCGAUCAACUAUGUCUCCUGCAAUAUUUUUAGAUGAAAAUUCAUCCCCUGCUUUCAUUGUUGGGUCUGCUGGUGGUGUACGUAUACCUACAUCAAUCGCACAAGUUAUGCUCAGAAUCUUGUACUUCGGAACUGAUUUUAGCAUUGAAUCAUCUAUAAAUAAAAGAAGACUCCACGACAGUUUAUCAAGCUCUGGCGCAUUUGAAUACGAGGAUAGGUUUGAUCCUGAUAUCGUCGAAGAACUCAAAAGGAUCGGACAUAAAUCUAAAAUCAUGACUAGUAAAGCCAGAGUGAACGCCAUCCAGUUGAAAAAUUCUCAAAUACACGCAUUCUCUGACAUGAGAAACGAAGGUGCCGGACCGAGCGGAUGGUAAAAAUAGAACAGUCUGAAGACAAAAAGACUAUAAACUGAACCGUUUCGAAAACAAAUAAAUGAAAUGUUGGUCAUUAUAUAUCUAUGGCUAAUACAAUAGUUAAGACAUACCAUGGACCGUGGUACAAAAGUUACAGUUAUAAUAACGAUAACAUUAGGUCGACAUUUUGAUGUCCACCAUAUUAUUCCGCUUUCCAUAAGUAAAAGGUUUUGCAGUUUCUUGGUGAAACUUCUCUUCUCUUGGUGAAACUUCUUUGAAAUAAUAUUAGACGUAAUGUGUUUCUUUAUUAUUGUAUAAAUACAUGCUUGUCUUCACCAACGGA